UUCGCCAACCAUCGCUACCUCUCAAAUCGUAUAAUACAAUUUGUAUUUAAUAAUUCUACUUUGGUCUAUCUUAUAUAUCGUGUUUACGGUUGGUACGUGUUGAGUGGUUGCUGUGAUUGUUCAACGGUUUCUUCAAAUUAAAAUCUGAUUUUGAAGUUGUUCUUUGGAUGUACAAUUGUUUGUCUAUUUAAUCCGACAUAAUUAUACAUCUUGAAUAAUUCAUGAAAUUUCGUUUAUAUCAUUCUAUCCAUCUUCAUACGGAAAAUAUUUUUAGAAAAUGCCGAAGUCGAAAGAAUUCGUGUCAAGCAACGACGACAGCAGCGAUGAGGAAGUAAAGCCAAAGAAGAAGAGAGAGGCUGAAGGUAAAGAUGAAAAAGUGACCAAGAAGCCGAAAAGGGAAUCCGACGAAGAUGAAAAUACUGUCUGGGAUCUUGGAAAUAAGCGUCAGGUUACUGUGCGACAAUUUAAAGGAAAUUUAUACGUCGAUAUUAGAGAAAUGUAUUACGAUAAGGAUAAGAAUUUAAAACCUGGAAAGAAAGGGAUCUGUUUAAACGUGGACCAGUGGAGGAAGUUACUAACAGUCGUGGAAGAUGUAGACAAAGCUGUUAAAUCUAAAUGUUGAAUUCAUCAUAAACAAAUACACUUCGAAGAAUUGUCUAUUAUAUAUCUUUCAGGCGUCUAUUAUUUGUAAACGAAAUAUAUUCAUAUAGCUAUCUGUACACUCGUUCUAUGCCCAUUCAGAGUCAAUAUUUUUAAUAAAUAUUACUGUUUUCUACGUC